GCAUUGUGGGAGUAACGCUCGGCGCGUCCGCCAUUUUGUCGGUGUGUGCGGCGCGGUGAGAGAGGCUCCCGGACACGUCGCAGCCAUGUUAUCCGCCGCGCAGCUUCUGGAUGAGCUUAUGGGCCGGGACCGGAACCUGGCACCGGAUGAGAAGCGCUGUAACGUCCGCUGGGAUGACGACAGUGUGUGCAAGCAUUUUCUGUGCGAGUUCUGUCCGGCCGAGCUCUUCACAAACACCAGAUCCGAUUUGGGUCCUUGUGAAAAGAUCCACGACGAGAACCUUCGUAAACAGUAUGAGAAGAGCUCGCGUCACAUGAAGGUCGGCUAUGAACGGGAAUUCCUGCGCUAUUUACAAAGCUUACUGGCCGAGGUGGAGCGCAGAAUCCGCAGGGGCCAUGCACGGUUGGCUCUGUCUCAGAAUCAGCAAGCAUCCGGCUCUGUCGGGCCGGCGGGAAAGAAUGAGGAGAAAGUCCAAGUGCUGACUGAUAAGAUUGAAGGCUUGCUGCAACAGAUUGAGGAGCUUGGCUCAGAAGGAAAAGUAGAAGAAGCUCAGGGCAUGAUGAAACUUGUCGAACAGCUGAAGGAAGAACGGGAACUUCUCAAGUCUACGACGUCGACAAUCGAAAGCUUUGCAGCCCAGGAGAAGCAGAUGGAGGUGUGUGAGGUCUGCGGUGCCUUUCUAAUUGUCGGAGACGCUCAGUCCAGAGUGGAUGACCAUCUUAUGGGCAAGCAGCACAUGGGCUAUGCCAAAAUAAAGAACACGGUGGAGGAGUUAAAGGAAAAACUUAGGAAGAAGACAGAUGAGCCUGAACGGGAAGAUAGGUUAAAAAAGGAGAAAGACGAAAAAGAGAAGGAAAAAGAGAAGGAACGUGAACGAGAAGAAAAGGAAAAGAAGCGGCGUAGAGAAGAAGAGGAGCGAGAAAAGGACAGAAACCGUGAGAAGGACAAGCGCAAAAGAAGCCGCUCCCGUAGCCGCAACUCCAGCAGAGCGUCUGAAAGGAGAAGUAGCCGGACACGUGACCACAAGAGGUCGCGGAGCAGGGAUAGGAGGAGAAGCAGCAGCAGAGAACGUCAGCGCAGCCGAAGUCACAACAGAACAGAGCGGAAGCAGCGAUCUCGCAGCAGAGACAAGCGCCGAUCAAAAAGCAGAGAACGUAAAUCUUACAAACACAGGAGCAGAAGCCGGGACAGAGAGAGGCGAUCAAAAGAAAAAGAUAAAAGAAGCUCCGACGACAAAAAAAGCAGCAAGUCCAGCAGUCGAGACAGACAGAGCGAAUCUCGCAAAUCUGACUCUAAGGAGUUGUCCACCCAGACCUCAGUGAAUGGGGCCAACGAGGGCGUAAAAUCUGAAGGUGACACUCAGUCCAAUUAAAACUGAUCUGAUUUGACCUCUGAUCAGUCAGAGAUAGGACGUCGUGCUGAAGACGAAGAGCCGACCCUUCUCUCUCUCUCUCUCUCCACCCGUCCCCUCCCAAGAUGUCUUAAUUGAAGAUCUACUUUAUAUGAGGUGACCGAAACCUGUAUAGAGAAUUAAAAAAAUUAAAUAAAAAAAAAAUGGAAAAAAAAAAACACACACAAAAAUUUAGCAGGUUCUUAAGUUAAGAACUGAAGUAAUUCUCUAGAGUUUAAUUCCUGACGUUGUUUUGAGAGGUUUUGUCCUGGAGAUGGUCAGGACGCACUGUAAAGUUAUUAAAUAUAAAAAUGCAGGCACUUAUUAAAACCCGCCUUGCAUAUUGCUUUAAAAAAAAAAAAUAGCAAUUUUCGGACUUUGAAAAACAGUUUGUGAACUUUUUUUAAACUUUUUUUUUUUUUUUUUUUUUACAAGUAGUAAUAGAAUAUCAAAUAAAAGCAUCUUCUAAAUCCUGAUGUAAAUGUGCUUUGUUGUUACUUGGCUUGGUAUUACAUGCUUUUUCAAAUAAACUUGUUACUGUCUAUU